CUCAUGGAAACAAAUAAAACCAGGUGUUUGUAAUUUUGCAAUAGUCGGUGAGAAUCAUUGGUUGCUUUGGAGUAGAAGGUCAGCAGAAAUCGAUGAAAGACAGGGCAGGGAUGGCAGGUUGCGACAUUGAAUAACAAGCAACGCAGACCACGGGCUUUCUGGGUCGACAUUAUCGUUAAUGGAAACGUCUACAGGAAUGGAACUUGACUUUAUUCCAAUUUCCAAAAUACAAUGGCCGUGCAAGGUGAAAAGGUUUUUCUCUCCGUGUUGCUGUGGUGCACCCUCUCGUUUUUGUCGGUGCGCGGGGACAUGCUCCUCCGAUCUGUGGGGUUUUCCCAGCCGGCGACUUCCAACGUGGCGCUGACGAACCACGUCCUGAAGAGCCUGCGCGGCGUGCGAUCCACGGGACGAUGCCUGGCUCACUGCCUGCCGUCGCCACUUUGCGUUGCCGUCAACUACAAGGAGGCGGCGGGCACAUGCGAACUGAGCACUAGCAGGAAGGAUGAGUAUCCCGACGACUUGGUCAGUGAGGUUGGAUGGCAAUACUACGAGAAGGUGUUGCCUGUUGUGGAGAACCUUUUUUCGAUACCAAUGGAUUCUUACUUGCAGACAACAGCAAAAAUGCCGACCUUAGAACCGACGACUAAAACUCCAACAACCGAAAUGCCUACGACGACCGAGAUACCUACAACCACCAGGAUGUUUACUACCGAAAUGUCCAUGACGACCGAAAUACCUACAACAACCAGGAUGUUUACUACCGAAAUGUCCAUGACGACCGAAAUACCUACAACAACCAGGAUGUUUACUACCGAAAUGUCCAUGACGACCGAGAUACCUACCACCGAAAUGCUAAUGACGACUGAAGAGACGACAACUGAAGCGCCAACAACUGUACACGUGACUACUGAAAAGCCGCCCGUCGAUUGCUGGGAUAUACACAGCAGUUCACCGACCAGCCCGAGUGGCGAGUACGCCGUAUAUCCGAAAGCUUGGGAGAACCAACUGUUAAAAGUGUAUUGUGAUAUGACAACGGACCUUGGUGGAUGGACGGUGUUUCAGAGGAGACUGGAUUCAUCGCAGAAUUUCUACCUGGACUGGAACUCUUACAAGGUUGGAUUUGGCGCCAUUGGCGGUAGCUUCUGGCUUGGCAAUGAUGCUCUCAACGUCCUGACGAGCCAAGGUGCUUAUCAGCUACGCAUCGAGCUGGAGUCGUACGACUCGGUUAAAACCUUUGUGAAGUACGGCUACGUCAGUGUGGCGGACGAGGCUCGUAACUAUAGACUCAACGUCACCAGCUUUUAUGGUUCGUACACAGCAGAUGAUGCAUUGUCUGCCGACAGCGGCCAAGCCUUCACGACUAAGGACGUGGACAAUGACAACGACGGUGACAGACAGUGCGCUCAGGCGUUGCAGUCGGCUUGGUGGUUCGGCUCUUGCGGCUACUGCCACCUGAACGGGCCCUACCAGGGCAGCGCCAGUGUGCCCAGCAGAGGGGUCGGGCUUAUCUGGGGGCCCUGGCUCGGCUACUACGAGUCGCUGAAAUUCACUGAGAUGAAAAUCCGACCGAUUAGUGCACAACCCAUUCCCAAAGACUGCUGGGACCUUUACCAGAGCGGACACUCCUCCAGCGGUGUCUAUACCAUCUACGUGACUGGCAGGCCCGAAGGAUUGACGGUACUCUGCGACAUGGAAUUUGACGGUGGCGGGUGGACGACAAUUCAGAAGCGCGAGAUAGGCGACCUGGACUUCUACCGCGGCUGGGCUGACUACAAAGCCGGCUUUGGCACCGUGGACACCGAGUCGGAUUUCUGGCUCGGCUUGGACGACAUUCACCUUCUGACUAAUCAGGAUUCGUAUCAAAUUCGCAUCAUCUUCGUUAGCUGGGGAAACAUAUUUGGAUACGCCAGGUAUAGUGAGUUUCGAAUCAACAACGAAGCGGACAAUUACCGAUUAACUAUUGGCGGGUAUGCUGGUAAUGCAGGCGAUUCGCUGAUAACCUAUCACAAUGGAAUGCCGUGGUCAACUCUGGACAGGGACAACGACAAGGACGCCCGGCAGUGCGCGCAGGUCAUGCGAGGUGCGUGGUGGUAUAACAACUGCCAAACGUCCAACCUGAACGGGCCGUACGUGGAAUAUCCCGGCUACCUGAGUACCAACGGCCAAGGCAUUAUAUGGAGCUCUUGGCCUGGACAAGACGACUCCCUGGCUAAGGUGCAGAUGAAAAUUAGACCAACCAACAUUGGUUAUUAAAAUCGGAUUAGACAAAAUGAAGCGUUCUCUUAAGUUGCUGCGUGCUUCGUUGGUAUUGGACGUCGUAGUUUUUGAAAAGAAAACAUGUAUAUAUUUAAUAUUUAUCCAGCUGACUGAUUGGUCACGUCCAAAACAGUAAACUUACGACUUCAAAAUCUACUCAACCUUUGGGUAAUUAUUGCUUAAAUGGUAAAAUCUGCAUUACUGGGACUUGCUUGAAAAAACCUUACAUAAAUGCCGCUUGCAAAAGCAGACAACAAUCCCGCCAAUUGAUUCCCAGUGAUAAUAAGCACCAUCUAUUCCCCUUCCUAGUGGUAUUAAAUGGCCGCUACCACUGAUGUACGUGCCGAGUUUCGAAACAACCUUGCGCUGAGUGGAUGUUUGUGUACAAAACCUUGUGCGCUAAAUUUAAGAAAAAUUUUUGACACUCACUUGACACUGUGAACGAGAUGCCUAAUCCUUUGUUCUAGAACAAACUUUUCUUUUGUCGUUACAGUUGUGUUCACCUUUUUAAAUUUUUGUAUGCGCAGAAUAAGCAGCUCUUUUUCUUACCGAAGUUUCAUGACAAUUUGCACAAGUUUGGGACUCGAAAUCUUGUUAAUAUGAAUUAUAUUCCGUUGCCGUUUUCUGAAUACAGUAGUGCAAUGACUGCAGUGCGGGUUUGGUACGAAUAAAAAAAAUCACUGAAUCGUUACAGAUUAUUAUGCCAGUUUAUUCUGUUACGAUCGUGAGAAAAAUAACCAAUGAAAUCACUGCAACCUCUGCAUUGGUACAAACGCCGAUUAGUGACAUCCAAUCUUUAUUAAAAAAGUUGUUUUUAAUUUCCACAAUCGAUGGUUACUUUAAUUCUCAAUGUAGUCUUGGUCCUGUUUUUGAUGUGACGUGUUUGCGGGUACUCACGACGUGGAGUUUGGGUCUUUGGCUUUGUCUUAUAUUUUAUACAGUGUUCAAAUCGAAAUGGUCGAUAAGCUCGAAUUUAUGGCUCCGCUUCUUAAAGGUCAAACAACUCGAAGUUUGUUUUUAGUAACUUUCGGAUUGAUCCAUUGUUCGCCCAUUGGUCUAUUUUAGAAAGGUCAAACGGUAGUUGAACGUUACAGCAUUGAAGUGUAUAGACUGUUGUUAUUUACAUUACAGGUUUGUAUAAUGGCAAACAAUUUAAAUUGUGCGAUAGCAGUUGAAUCAUUGAAUGCUAUAGUAAUGGUUAGCAAGAAAAAAUGUGAUUUUGGAGGGGCCGAAAAGUAGGCUCUCGGCAUCUGUCCGGUCAAGAGGACAAAGCUUUCUUUCUAAAAGGCCAUCCAACCGGCGUAAAAUCAAAAUAUGGGGGUAGGGGAGUAAAAAAAAAGGGCAAUGAUUGAUUACAGGGCACUUUCUAGGGAAAAUGUCUGGGGACUGGGGUGCACACUUUUUUUAGGGAGCUUCGGAAGCUGAUGAGCUUGGAAAGUUAACACCCCUUUAUACUCCAGUUCGCUAAAUAAUAUAUAUAUAUAUAUAUUAAUAUGUGACUGGAGGUGAUACUGAAUCUGCUUAUAAAAAUUGUGAAUCAGUACUUAAUGUUCUUCAUAAUUUAUGUCGAGAGUCUCAAUUCGAAGCUUGUUUAGGGGCGUGAUUCUUGGGUUUCAUGAACUUUCCCAAAUAGAAAUCAUCAGGUAAUUAUGCUACAGCCAGUCUCCGCACACAAGCACCGCGGUAUAGCAGUGACCGAAAGGGACUUUGAUCCUUGGCGCAGUCCGCCAGGUUCCAAACCGAAGACGCAAAUGGGUUUGUUGGUUUGUGCGCAUUCCAAUGGGUUGGAGAGAGCGUAGGCCUACGCUGCUUUCUGGACUAAGUGCUGGACUCAUUUAAUCAAACAAAAGACCACUUGUAACAAAGCCAUCAAAGUAAACAUGUUACAGUAAAAACCAUGAAACCAUUUUAACUAAAUAAUAAUUAAACAAUUCAGCCUAAAAGCCAUGACAUUUUGAACGCAACCAUUGCCAACAUAAUUACAUGAUUAUUGUUUACACAGGCCUACAAGCAUUUCAUUUGUCACGUUACAUACAACAGAACACCCAUAUAUUCUCAUACAGUUAAUUUGAUAUCACAGUAAUGUUGGCUUUUUGCACCAAUGGCUCGUUAUUAAUUGACAGUCCUUGAAAUGCAACAAUGGGAAGAUAAUUACCCCGCACGGCGAUGACAGAAGUUCUGUCAAUAAUAACAUCGAUAGCCAUAGCAACCGGUAACGGCUCACGGCUCGUCAGCUGAAGAUAGUCACUUUUUCAACGAAACUGUGUUCGAUAUAUACAUGUAUGUACACACAAGAAGUUUGGCAGACCUUGUUUUCGUGUAAAGUACGACAUUCUCCAUUAACCCGCGGGUUCCGCUCACUACGCCAGCUGUAGCCUACCAAUUACCAGGAAACUCAAUUUCACAGCUCGCCCUAUGGUCUACAUCUUAUUGAUAUCGUCUUCACCACCGGUAUCACCUUGGCAACGUACCCACCGCUUAUUUGUCUACGAAAACCCUGUGGUGCAAUCAGGUUAUGUUUUCAAAAAGUGAGGUUUAUUUUUUGUUCAAAUUCUUAUUUGUGACCUUCAUUUCUUUCGA